CUGGAUUUGAAAUUGCAGGAGUAUGAUAUUGAGGAUUCGGUACUGCCUCUUCAACCAUCUCUAAAUUACACUGCUCCUGAAUUGGUUCGGAGUAAACAAUCAACAGUUGGAUGUUCUUCUGACCUGUUCAGUUUUGGAUGCCUUGUGUACCACUUGGUUGCUCGCAAGCCUCUUUUGGACUGCAACAACAAUGUCAAAAUGUACAUGAAUAAUUUGAAUUAUUUGUCAAAUGAGGUUUUCUCAAGCAUCCCACAAGAGUUAGUUACUGACUUGCGAAAGAUGCUCUCUGUAAAUGAGGCUUCAAGACCAACUGCCUUGGAUUUUACUGGUUCUCCAUUUUUUCGGGAUGAUACUAGGUUGCGUGCUCUUCGGUUCUUGGACCACAUGCUGGAAAGGGAUAAUAUGCAGAAGUCUGAGUUUUUAAAGGCAUUAUCUGAUAUGUGGAAAGAUUUUGAUUCCCGUGUAUUGCGGUAUAAGGUACUUCCACCUUUAUGUGCAGAACUUCGGAAUAUGGUUAUGCAACCAAUGAUAUUACCCAUGGUUCUCACCAUAGCAGAGUCCCAGGAUAAAAAUGAUUUUGAGCUAUCAACACUUCCAGCUUUGGUUCCUGUUCUGAGCAUGGCAGCUGGCGAGACACUAUUGCUUCUUGUUAAACAUGCAGAGCUGAUUAUUAACAAGACCAGCCAGGAGCACUUAAUUUCGCAUGUACUUCCCUUGCUUGUUCGAGCUUAUGAUGAUAAUGAUGCUCGCAUACAAGAAGAAGUUUUGAGAAGAACAGUUUCCUUGGCAAAGCAACUGGAUGUUCAGGUAGUGAAGCAAGCGAUUUUACCUCGAGUUCAUGGCUUGGCUCUUAAAACUACAGUUGCUGCGGUCAGAGUGAAUGCUUUGCUUUGCCUUAGUGAUUUGGUCAACACACUCGAUAAACAUGCUGUUCUGGAUAUCUUGCAAACUGUUCAACGUUGUACAGCUGUUGACCGUUCUGCUCCCACUCUCAUGUGUACCCUUGGGGUGGCAAACUCAAUUUUCAAGCAGUAUGGCCUAGAAUUUACUGCAGAACAUGUCCUUCCGCUACUUGUACCACUUCUUAUUGCCCAACAAUUGAAUGUUCAGCAGUUUGCAAAGUACAUUCUAUUUGUUAAGGAUAUACUAAGGAAAAUAGAAGAGAAACGAGGUGUGUCAGUUAAUGAUUCUGGAACUCCAGAAGUAAGGGUAACACCUGUUGCCAAUGGCUUUCAGUCUGAAUCAUUGGAAAAACCAUCUGCAAUUGUCUCUUCGGCAAAGGGCAGCCCGGCAUGGGAUGAAGAUUGGGUUCUUGUGAAAAAGGGUGCUGCAGUCACUGUGCAGCCUUCUAUAUCCAACCUACCAUCAACAUUGACAUUGCCAGUUACACAGCCAAGCUCGAUUACUUUCAUGGAGCCACAGUCCAUGAUACCUUCAAAUACUGCUCAGCAAACCACUUCAUGCCCUCCAGUUGACAUAGAAUGGCCUCCUCGGACGACUUCUGCUGUUGCCCCUCAAUUAAGUGAUGAUGUGAAAAAGAAGCAGAAUCCAGGAACAUCUGAUACUGGUUUAGAUGAUACAGACCCUUUUGCUGAUUGGCCCCCGAGGCCUAGUAACUCGGGAAGUAGUGUGGGGUCCGCUGCAACAAAUGGUAUGCUAGGGCUCUCCUCGCAUUACCAGGGGUCUGUAUUGAACACAACCCAGAGCAACUUCAGCCCCAGCAGCAAUCCAAUUGGGCUGUCAAAACAUAUUCAAGGAAGUUCUGUGAUAAAUUCCAACAGCCAGAACAGUGGUGUUUUCAAUAUGCACAAUUCUAUUGGCCUCCCUAGACAGAAUCAGGGUGGUUCUAUUUCAAAUACCAACAAUCUGUACGGUGGGGGAUUCAACCCCCCAAAUUCUAUUGGCUUCUUGAAAUCGAAUCAAGCAAACUCCAGUUUGGGCAUGGCAAACUCCAGUUCUUACACAGCAGGUGUAUUUCCUGAAAAGAAAGCUACUGAUCUUGGAUCCAUAUUUGCCUCUGCCAAGAGUGAACAGACCAUGCCAAGACUUGCCCCCCCUCCGCCAAAUGCUGUGGGAAGGGGACGAGGGAGAGGGAGCAUGGGACACUCACGGUCUAAUCAACCCAAAUCUACUUCAGAUCAGCCAAACCUUCUGGAUUUGCUAUAAAUGGGAUGAUCUUACCUUAUGAUUGGGGGAACUUGGUGAAUCAGCCUCUGUAAUUAGCCAUCCAAUUUUGCCGGAGUACUAUUGGUUACAUUCAAGUGCAUUGGAUGGAGAGGAUUGAUUUGAGAAUUUCAGCAUCCUCCACAGCUCUCAGGAAUCUCAGGAACGGGUAAGAUUCAUUUGUGGGCUUGUUUAAGAGUUGUUUACUUGUAGUGUAUUCUGAUCAACUGUAGGAAUUUACCCGUGCAUUCCCCCUCCCUCCCAACUACCUUUUUUUUUUUUUUUUCCUUUUGUGUUCCUUUGUUCUUACUUCUUGUAUCCAGAAUAUCUUCUUCAGGUUAGUGUAUUCUUUGGAACAGCUCCAGCUCUGAGUCUGGUUACAGUAAUAAAAUGAAAAUGUGAGUUCUGAAGA